UUUUUUUCCUUUUCUCUUUCCUUGACGCGAUUGUAUAUAAUGGCAGUACACUUUGUUGCUCUCUUAUUUAGUGCAUGUUCUCUUGCAUUAUUCAUUAUAGCCAAUGUUGGGACUACAUUUCAAAGUACAUUUUUACCAGACAUCUAUCUAGUUAAAGUAAACCAAGCAAUUACCGGAAGAUCUAUACGUUACGGUGUUUAUAAUUCAUGUCUUUAUUACAAUUCUUCUAGCAGUAUACCUCAUUCUUGUACUACGAAAAUGCCCACUUAUCCUUUCGAUGUUAGUCAAUUUGCAGAUGCAUGCGGUGUAGACCUGACAAAUUCAGCUGUUUCUAGUACAUUUAAAAGCCUAGUGAAUGUACCAGAGUUCGCUAUCUUUAAGUUGAUUGUUUUGAUCAUGCCAGCUGCUGUUCUUGCCUUUAUUGCAUUUGCCUGUACGUUAUUUGUUCGCCGACACAGAAGCAGUAAUGUCAUCCCAUUCAUUGGUAUAUUUGCAUCAUUACUCAGUUUCCUUACUGGAGCAGCUGGUCUCGCUCUUGUGAUUGUUACUUUCUGGAAAGGUCUUAAUGUCUUGGAGAAGAACAUAGAAGGAUUGUCUCAUCAAUGGGGUCCUUCUAUCUAUCUUGUUGGUGUUGGUUCUGGUUGUAUCUUAUUUACUUUGGUUUGCUUCACAAUCAGUAUAUUCAGCCGCCGUCCUGAUAGUUACGACAAAGAAACAAUUCGAAUGGACGAUUAUAAUGAUAAGAAUGUACAAGUUCACGCUAUUGCAGCAAACAAUGUUGCCUACGAUGCUUCAGCUACAGCCUACUUAAACACACCUGCAAAGCGAGAUAGUUUCGAAUAUAAUAAUCAAGCUACAUCUCCUAAAAGUCCAGCCUAUCCUUCGUAUUAUCAACAAGCGAAUUAUCAACAAGAACCACAGAGUGGCUGCCAACCAGCCAUGUAUCAACCACAGGUUGAAUAUAAUCUCCAAGAUGUUUACAACGCAUAUGAACAACGUGAUGCUUAUAAAAAGCAAGACAUGUAUAAUCCACAAGACAAUUACAAUCAUCAAGAUGUUUAUAAUAGUCCACAAGCUCAAUAUAAACAAGCAGACCAUUAUGAUGCUUAUGCUGGGCAGGAUACAUACCAACAAGAUAACUAUCAUUCACCCAAUGCUUAUUCACAACCUCAUGAAGCCUAUCAACAACAAGGCAGUUAUUAUCAUCAAAAUACUUACAAGCAGCAGCAUAAUGCUAAUUAUUUUUAGCCACUUACAUCUGUGAUUCAUGCAGUAAAGCCUUGCCAUAUAAUUAAAUAAACAAAUAUGUAAUAUCUAAUUAAUUUUAGCCUGUGUACGCAUAUAGCAUAACAAGGAGAAUCUCCUCUUUUUCUGACUACAGAAAAAUAUUUUUG